AUGGCAUUAAAACAAACUAUGACAACAACAACAUUAGAGCUUAUCCCUAUCGAAUUAUUCUACGAAAUAUUUACUUAUUUUCAACUUCAUGAAGUAUUCAAUAUUUUUUCUAAUCUUAAUUCACGAUUUGCUGCUAUCAUCAAUAACAUGCCAAUUAUACCAGUUUAUUUGGGUUCUAACGGAAUAAAUAUACCAGUCACCGAAUUUUAUUACGCACAUUUGUCACAACUAAACAUAUCCUGUCGUCUUAUUACAUUAUGUGUCUCAGAUAGAUUAGCUAUUGAUAAUGGAAUCUGGUUAGCUGAACAUGUUUCUACAUUCAUCAAUCUCCGUCAUCUAUCUUUAAUUGACAUAAAACGUUCUUCUUUUGAAUUGACUCUCAACUCAUUGUCACCCAUUAAAUCUCUCAUCAUGUUUAGUCUACGCUUUUCAACUGAUAGUCGUGCUGCUUAUACGUUUUCAGGUGCGCCUGAAAGUGCAUAUUAUGACCGAAUUUUUCAUUUAUUUCCUUCAUUACGUGUAUGUCAUCUGUUUUUUCGGCGAUAUAUACAUUCUACUUUAGACGGUCAAUUCGUUCUACCAUUUGGUAGAGCAUUUAUGCCUAUUCAAGUCAAACUUUUAAAUUUACAAUCACUCGCACUUUUUUGUUCACCGGGAUUUCUUGAAUAUUUAUUUGAAUAUCUUCCACAAUUGGAACAACUCAGCUAUACACAGACUGCCCCUUGGCUACCUCGAGAACAUCCACUAAGAUAUAAUAGUGAAAUCACACCUAUUAAUAAACGUCUUGCUCCAAAUCUACGCCGUCUAAAAAUAAAAUGGUUUAAUUCCAUUAUUCAACUGAAAUCAAUUAAUAAAUUAUUUGAACGUGAUGUUUUAUUUUCAUUAACAAACUUUAGAUUAUAUGCAAAAAUAGCUGGUCCUCGUGUGCUUCACAAUUUAGUAUCGAUGCUUUCCAAUCAAUGUUUAUAUUCGUUUGAUGUUAAGUGGUUUGUGAGAAUUGGAAUGUCAGUACCGAAUACAGACAAAAUCUUAUCCGACACGUGUCAAAAUCUCAAAGGAUCAGUAUCAAUAGAACUAGAACUAUCUUUAAAAGAAAACGUGUAUUCGAUUCGAGCUGCAACAAUACCAAGAAUGGAUAAAUCUUUACGUGUCUAUUCUUAUCUAGAUAAAAAUACUGUGUAUGGACGAAAUCAGUGGUCAUAUAAUAGAUGUGUCUUCAACAGCCAAUUAUUUCGCUGCAAUGCGAUUAUUAUGAAUGAGGAUUAUCGAAUCAACGAUAAGUUUCUUUCUUUGUUGCCGCCUGUCGUUCUUUGGCAUCAAGUUACAUCGCUUAGUAUUCCUCACCCAUUCAAUUCAACUCAUCUUCACCUUCUCUUUUCGCAAACAACUAAUCUACGUAUUUUAGAACUACAUUACAGACGAGAAUUUGAGUAUAAAGUUGAUUCGAAAAGGAAAACUUUAAUUCAUCUCUUCAAUGAUACUUCUUUGUGUAAUAUGCUCAUGUCAAAUGGUUUAAGGCAACUUAAUCUUUUUCCUGCUUUCGAUCAAACAAAUUUGAUAAAAAUUGGCAAUUUAAUCGUCAAACGACUAUCUAGUUUACAAGUCAUAAAAUUAGAGAGUGUUAAUGUUAAACUCAUUGAAAUGUCUCACAUUCUUAUCAACGGACUCGAGAAAUUAUCUUUCCUUACUAUUAUUGGUGCUGAUAAUUAUGGUGAAAUUUAUGAUCAAGGUUUGCGUGAUUUGCAGAAUUCAAAUACUCGUUCUUUUCGAACUGAAGUUCCUAAGACGAUAGAUGAAAAUACACUUUUUGUGUGGUUAUAA